CUCGAAGGCUCUAUAUAUAUGAAUCCCUUUUGACUAUUAUAUCCAACUUCGAUUAUAUCGUCUUCUUCUCUAGGGCCGCUACUUGAUCAUCUUCAUCAUCAUCCGCUACGAUGCCAAGUGGUGCAGAGAUCUGUUGUGAGAUCCUUCUAGCAAUUCUCCUUCCUCCUCUUGGUGUCUGUUUCAGACAUGGUUGUUGCAGUGUGGAAUUCUUGAUCUGUUUGUUGUUGACAUUUUUAGGUUAUGUCCCAGGUAUAAUCUAUGCCAUCUAUGUCAUAGUUGCUGUCAAUCGCGAACCCUACCCUGAUGAUUACUGGCGCCCUAUUAAUGCUUAAUCAAAUUCCAUUCUGGUGUAAUAUUUAAAUGGAGAUUUAUGUAUAAAACUUACAGAGAUUGGUGAAUAUCAUGCUUAAUUUGAUAUAUAAUCUUCUUCGCUUCUUAUGAUCUUAAUUUUGUGUAUGAAUUGGUUAUUAUGAUCUGAUGACCUAAUCUUUGGUCAAUUUGGGGAAA